GACGGCCACGGGCGCGCGCUUCGCCGCAAUCGCCGCGGGGGAGAUCGCCCUCUCCGGAGCUGGAGCCCCUCCAGGCCUCGCCGAAGAUGAAGGCAGCGGAAGAACCUGCUUACCUGACUGUGGGGACGGACGUCAGUGCCAAAUACCGGGGGGCUUUCUGCGAGGCCAAGAUCAAGACGGUGAAGAGGCUGGUGAAAGUCAAGGUGAUUCUGAAGCAGGACAACUCAACCCAGUUAGUGCAAGAUGACCAAGUGAAAGGACCUUUAAGAGUUGGAGCCAUUGUUGAAACUAAGGCCUCCGAUGGGUCCUUUCAGGAAGCUGUGAUCAGCAAGUUGACAGAUGCCAGUUGGUACACUGUGGUGUUCGAUGACGGCGACGAGAGGACACUGCGCCGAACCUCACUGUGCCUGAAAGGGGAGCGACAUUUUGCCGAGAGUGAGACACUCGACCAGCUUCCACUCACCAAUCCCGAGCACUUUGGAACUCCUGUCAUCGGAAAGAAGUCCAACCGGGGAAGGAGAUCCUCUCUUCCCAUCACAGAGGAUGAGAAGGAGGAAGAAAGUAGUGAAGACGAGGAUGAAGAUAAGAAGCGUCUCAAUGAUGAAUUACUAGGCAAAGUUGUCAGUGUCACGUGUACUCCAGAGAGGUCGGAGUGGUACCUUGCUUUGGUAGUAUCGCCCAGCUGUAACGAUGACAUCACAGUGAAAAGAGACCAGUGCCUAGUUCGGUCAUUUGCGGAUUCCAAAUUUUACUCAAUAGCAAGGAAGGACAUCAAGGAAGCAGACUUCAAUCUCCCCAAGGCCGAGCUCACAACUAAACGAGGGCUGCAGGAAGCAAGCAGUUUUCUGAAAACCAGAGCUGUUCCUGACCAUUGGAAAAUGGACAUAAGUGAAAUCCUCGAGUCUUCCAGUAGUGAUGAAGAGGGCGGAACAGCUGAGGAAAGCGAGGAGGAAAAAGAGAAAGAAGAUGGAAAGGAGGAAGAGGAAGUGCCUGAGGACGAGCCCGACCCUGACGAGAGGGACAACUUCCUCCAACAGCUUUACAAGUUUAUGGAAGACAGAGGAACUCCCAUCAAUAAACCACCAGUGUUGGGCUAUAAGGAUCUCAAUCUCUUCAAACUCUUUAGACUGGUCUAUCAACAGGGUGGCUGCGACAGUAUCGAUAGUGGUGCUGUGUGGAAGCAAAUUUAUAUGGACCUCGGCAUUCCAAUUUUGAAUUCAGCUGCUUCCUACAAUGUAAAAACCGCUUACAGAAAGUAUCUCUAUGGUUUUGAAGAGUAUUGCCGCUCGGCAAAUAUUCAGUUUAGGACCAUUCACCAUAAUGAACCCAGGGUUGUAGAGGAAAUUCAGAAGCAAGAGGAAUCGAUGGAUGCAAGUGCAAACGUGGAACCCGAAAUGCCUCCAGUGGAAGUAAAAAGUGAAGUCGAAGAAAGCGUCGACUCAAACAGCGAAAGCGAAAGAGAAGAAAUUGAACUGAAAUCUCCACGAGGGCGAAGGAGAAUUGCUCGAGAUGCCACCCCCAUCAGAAAGGAAGUGGAAGACGAUAGAGCGGAAGACAAAGUGAAGGACAGCAACAAAGAAAAUAAAGAUGUGGAAGAAGAGACAGCUGAAAAUGCGGAGAAGAAGGAAGGCGAGCUGCUCCUGGCAAGAAGAAUCACACCAAAGCUCAAAGAGAAGAAAAUCAAAAAGCAGGAAGAAUCUGACAGGGAGUCGGACGACGAAGACGAGAAGAGGACAGAGAGGGAGGAAACCGAAAACAAAGGAGAAUCCGAAGGAGAGGAAGAUGAGUCAGACACGGAACCCUGCCUAACAGGAACCAAAGUGAAAGUAAAGUAUGGACGUGGAAAAACCCAAAAAAUCUAUGAAGCCAGCAUUAAGAGUACCGAAAUUGAUGACGGCGAGGUUCUUUACUUAGUGCAUUACUACGGAUGGAAUGUCAGGUACGAUGAAUGGGUGAAAGCAGACAGGAUAAUAUGGCCUUUGGAGAAAGGUGGACCAAAGAGGAAACAGAAGAAAAAAGCCAAGAACAAAGAUGACAGUGAAAAAGAGGAGAAGAAAGACGAGGAGAGACAGAAGUCAAAACGGGGCCGUCCCCCUUUGAAAUCCACCCUCCCUUCGAACGUGUCCUGUGGUUUCCCCAAGCCCCCGAGCGGCGAGGGCAAGCCGGGCGCCAGGAAUGUUCGGAGCAGCUUGCCGGACAGCUCGCCCCUGUCCAACGGAGUGGAAGACUCUGGCUCAUCCGAUAGUGAAGUAGAAGACCCUUCUGAAAAGAAUUUGUUGAAUGAAGAACUUUCUCCAGAAACUUCGGAAGACCCGGAGAAGAGCGAAAAGCUAACGGAUGACAAAUCGGAUGAGGAAAACCCAAAGAUCCCCGAGGGGUUGAACGAAGGCGACGGGCCCCGAGGGCAGGAGCCCUCAGAAGCGUUGAAAUCGGAAGUUGAAGAAAGCGAACAGAUAGGACAGGUAUUAGGAAGCCAAACCGAACAAGCAGAAGAGGGGAAGAGGGAGUCGGAAAAGUCUCCGAAAGGCAAAGGGAGGAGAAGCAAGCCAAAGCAAGACCCUUCUUUGGAAACGACGAGGGAUUCUCCCACGGGCCCAGAAGAUUGUCGAACUGAACCUCAGGUGGACUUCCCAGGCCUAGAGCUUUCGGCGUUGGAACGGAGAGAGUCUCCCUCGGCUCCCGAAGACGAAUCAGACCCGUGUUCCAAAGAGAAGAAAGCGAAGAGGAAGCUGCCGGGGCAGUCGUCGCCCGAGAAGAAAGCGCGACUCGACAGUGAAACGGAAGUACCGGACAUCGUGUCCGAAGAGACGCCCGGCCGGCGUCCCGGCGCCAAGGAGAGCCACGGCCCGCGGGCUGGGGAGCGGCUCGAACCCGAAAACGAGGAGAUGCCGUCGUUGACGGCCGAAUCCAACCAACUCGGGCAGGUGGUUCCCGUGCGGCCCGCCGAGAGUCCGGCGGAGGGGGUGGGAAACGCACCACUGAAGGAGGAGGAGGAGGGCGAGGCGGGCGAACGGGGGAAGGAGGGGGAAGGGCUGAAGGAGGAGGAGGAGGAGGAGGGCGACACGAUGCCUCUGAUCGGACCCGAAACCCUGGUCUGCCACGAAGUCGAUCUGGACGACCUGGACGAGAAGGAGAAGAGCAGCGGCGAGGAUUCGGCCCUGGAGAAAUCCGACCCCAGCCCUCUGGCCUCCAACCCCCCCGCCCUCCCUCCGGCCUUGCCGCCUCACUUCUCGGCGGCUUCGCCCCUGACCCUCAGCCAGGACGAGUCGCGGAGCGUGAAGAGCGAGAGCGACCUGACCGUCGAGGUGGACAGCGUGGCCGAGGAGUCGCAGGAAGGCCCCUGUGAGGGCCAGCCGGCCAACGGGCUGGAGGCCGUCACCACCCCAACCAGCUGCAGCGGGAUCGUGCCGGAGAAAGAGAGCCGGGACAAGGGCCAAAAAAGGCAGAGCGAAGGAAACAGUGGAUCGACGGCGAAGAAACAAAAGCGUACCCCAAAGCGAACGAGUACUGUAACCAAAAAUGAAAAGAACGGGACAGGGCAGAGCAGCGACAGUGAAGACCUUUCCGUCCUGGACGGUUCCAGCAAAUGUACGCCGGUAAAACACAUCAGCGUGUCCAAGCCGCAGAAGCUCGCCCGAUCUCCCGCAAGAAUGCUGUCACCGCACAUCAAAGACGGAGAGAAGGACAAGCAUAGGGAAAAGCACCAAAACUCAUCCCCCAGGGCCUACAAAUGGAGCUUCCAGCUAAAUGAAUUAGACAACAUGAACAGUACCGAGAGAAUCUCCUUUCUACAAGAAAAGCUUCAAGAAAUCAGAAAGUACUACAUGUCCUUGAAGUCGGAAGUAGCAACCAUCGACAGGAGGAGAAAACGAUUAAAAAAGAAGGAUCGAGAAGUGUCGCACCCAGGAGCGUCAAUGUCGUCGGCUUCCUCGGACACCGGGAUGAGCCCGUCGUCGUCGUCCCCGCCCCAGAACGUGCUCGCGGUGGAGUGCAGGUGAUACCCCCUCCGCCGCCCUUCCCAGCAACUCGCUGCCACGGACGUUAGGACUGAGACCCCGAAACCCCCGAGAGCGCUCGACCGGCGGGACCCUGCCAAGGUUCUCCUGGCCGACUCUUCCCCCGCCACCCCGCUGGAUUGUCCGUCUCCCACCGUCCCUCCUCCCCGUCCCCUUUGCAAAAAAAAAAAAGAAGGUCCACGAUAUUGAAGGUUCGGCGGUCGGCCCCUUCUGCCACCCCCUUCUCUCCCACUCCCCGAGGAUUUCCGUUCGUCUCUCGUUGAUACAGAGAAAGGGCACUUAACAAAUCUGAAACGUUCCGCCUAACAAAGCUUUCCGGGGUUUUGUAGAAAUCGCAGAAAAGCAAGUGCACCACCAAAAAAUACUCUCCGUCUGAGCAGCCCCUGCUGCACUUCAACCGACUGGGUUUCCCACCCUUGGGGAGGAGGGCUCCUGCUGUGUGGGUAUUUUCUUUUUCAUUCCUCUCUUUGGUUGCUUUUGUUUUGUUUUAUUUCUUCGUUCGUGGAAGCACUUGCCAUACCGAACUGCCAAAGUCGACGUUCAGCGGCGUGCCCGGUCUUCAAGGUGUAAAUGGGACAAAAUAAAUUGUGAAAGGAAGCGUAGUUUACUGAAAACUACCGUCGUGACGAGUCUUCCACUUUUUAUAGGAUUUUGGAGCACACAAUUAUGCAAAAUAUUUUAAUGUUUAUUAAUGUUUACAGUGGAAUUGUGAAUAAGUUUUCAGUGGACUAUCUUAUCCCUUGACAAAAAUAUUUUGUCUUUUUUCUAUGUAAUUUCAGAGUUUUUAUUUUGUUACAAAAAGACAAAAAUGAAAUAUAUAACAACGAUGAAGUUAUUUAACAAGAUUUCUAAAGCUGAAAAAUUUUGUGUAAAAUAAGGUAUUAUCUUGCAACUUGGUAAAUAUAUUUAUUCAGACAUUGGAUGUUGUAUUUUUAUGUAUUUUUUAAGAUACGAAUAAAAUGGAAGAAAAAAAAAUCAACAAGAACACUCUAGGUUAGUUCACUCUUUCGACGGACCGUAACUCGCAGCUCCAGCUCC